AUGAUUAAGCAAAAAAAUACGGAAGACACCCGUAAUUUAUCUGAGUUACGACAACCAACAUGGUUUUACGGAGUAUCGAAACAAGUUUACCAAGAAAUUAUGAUAAUGAAGGAGUUGGUUCAUCCGAAUUUGAUUGGUGUGACGGAUGUGUAUUUUGGUAAGAAUUCGAUAAAUCUUGUUAUGCCAUUGAUGCGAACGGAUCUGAGAGCAAUGUUGGAUAAGCGGACGUUGACAGAGAGUCAAAUGAAGUCUGUUAUGCAGCAAUUAUUGAGAGGGAUUUAUGCGUUACAUUCUAACUGGUUUCUGCAUCGUGACUUGACGCCUGGUAAUGUGUUUCUAACUCAAGAUGGAUUAAUAAAAGUAGCUGAUUAUGGCCUAGCGACUACUUACGGAGGUCCUAAGCGUGUUCCAUUGUUGGACACGGUAGUGACAUUAUGGUAUCGAUCGCCGGAACUUCUCUUUAAUGCGGAUUUGUACCAAGACAAAGUGGAUAUCUGGUCAUGCGGAUGUAUUAUGGGUGAAGUAUUACGAGGAGGUAAGGUGUUAUUUAAUGGACAAGAUGAAAUAGAUCAAUUAAAAAAAAUAUUCUGUGUUACUGGAACACCUUCAGCCUUUGACACCAAAAAUAACACAGACGAUAAACCACUCUGGCCAGAAGCACGUGCUCUGUUAAAAUUCGAAGCUUUCACCUUUAAACAACCAACCCACUGGAGCGAAAUAAUACCUACUGCAAGCCCUCUUGCCAUUGACCUAUUAGGAAAAAUGCUUCUACUUGACCCCAACAAAAGACCGUCUGCCAAGGAAGCACUCGAACACCCCUGGUUCACCACACCGCCACUGCCCGUACAUCACAAAAAGCUCCCCGUCAUUGACUAA